AAUACAAAGUACAAACGUCAAUAAAAAAAAAAAAAAAAUCUUGCAAUUCACACAAAGAAAGAAAGGAAUUAGAUCGGCGAUUAUUUUCCGAGAUAUGAAUGAGAAAGCCAACGUUACAAAGGAACUCAAUGCCAAACACAGAAAGAUUCUGGAAGGACUCCUUAAGUUGCCAGAGAACAAGGAGUGUGCAGAUUGCAAAGCCAAAGGUCCUCGAUGGGCAAGCGUGAAUCUUGGGAUCUUCAUAUGCAUGCAAUGCUCCGGGAUCCAUAGAAGUCUAGGGGUGCACAUAUCAAAGGUUCGAUCAGCUACACUAGAUACAUGGCUUCCUGAACAAGUUGCAUUUAUUCAAUCAAUGGGAAAUGAGAAGGCAAAUAGUUAUUGGGAAGCAGAGCUUCCUCCAAAUUAUGAUAGAGUUGGUAUUGAGAAUUUCAUCCGUGCAAAGUAUGAAGAUAAGAGGUGGAUCCCUAAGGAUGGGAAGGAAAAAUCAGCUUUCAGGAUUCAAGAAGAGAGGGGCACAGUGCAACAGCAGCAACAUUGUGACAGAAGUGGGCAUGCUAGGAGCUCCAGUUGUUCAUCUGAUGAGAGGAUAAGCAUACAACGCCCUAGCACAAAGCAAGAUAUAUCUGCUGCUAGAUACAGUAUACCUCUGCCUCCAAGAGGGCCAGAGCAAGUAUCUUUGGGUGCGCUUCCUCACCAGACAAGUCAGAGGACACAACCAAUUGCAGGCACUGAAUCUGCAAAGCAGGUCGCAGAAGUUGCCGAUCCUCCUAAAGUUGAUUUUGCUACUGAUCUUUUCGACAUGCUUUCUAUGGAUUCUCCAAAUGACAAUGGCGCAAAUGCUGCUUCUGUAGAUGAUAACUCGUGGGCAGAUUUUCAAUCUGCUCAAGAAGUGUUAGCAGCAGCAAAAACUGGUUCUGCAAAAUCUGAUCAUCGGAAAUGUCAAUCCGCUUCUGCAAUUGAAGAUUUAUUCAAGGAUUCAUCAACAAUGUCAUCAUCAGUUUCAACCUCUUCCUUGUCCGAGAAGCUUCCGAAAGAUGUCAAAAAUGAUAUUAUGAACCUUUUCGACAAGUCCACUGUAGUAUCACCAUUUGCUAUGCAUCAGCAACAGCUUGCCCAGCUAGCUCAACAACAGGCUCUUCUAAUGGCUGCCGCUGCUAGUGGCACUUUGAAGAUCCCUGGAGAUGUUCAACAAGGCCCAAAUGGCUCCAACAUAGUAAAUCAAAGUUGGCCACAUGUAGGCUGCCAGUUCCCUGGAAUGAUGAUGCCAGCCAGUGGAAAGACUGAACUAGAGAAAUAUAUGCAGGUGGGCACUGUCGGAGCAACGCAUUUAGCUGGAAACUCUGUGCCACUUUCAACAUCCAGCGUUUACCCAACGGGACAGAAUUCAUCCGGCAAUAGUACAGUCCCCUCUGUACCGAGCAUAGAUGCCACAACCACACUUUCAUCAAGUUCUACACAAUCGACAAAAGAGGACGACUUUUCAUCUUUGAUUCAAGGCAUGUUCCCGAAACGCUGAAUAGUUUUGAGUAAGUAUACUAGUUUUUGGAUCAUAGUAUACAUAUAGAGUUUCAACAUGAAAAUAGCUUAUACGGAGGUCCACGUGUUACUAGGAGAUUAUAACUAUUGUAAAGACAUAAUAUUCAGUUUUCUUCACAUGGGUUGAUUAAUUUUUGUAGGUAGAAUAAUAAGAUGUUGAAAUUGAAUGCAACUUGGUCCUUUC